AACUCAUAACCAUUUUGCCUUUCUCAACCCUACAGAAUCCAUUCAUCUUGCAAAAGAUCAAUGAAGACUAACAGGCUUUUUUUAGCUCUCUUUCUUGUCUUCUUACUCUCAAAAUCCUACGCUUUACCUAAACGAAAAAUCCCAUCUCCAAAACCUUGCAAAAGACUGAUCUUUUACUUCCACGACAUUAUUUACAAUGGCAAGAAUUCCAAGAAUGCAACUUCAGCAAUCGCAGGAGCACCAGCUUGGGCUAACAAGACAAUCUUGGCCAAGCAAGACCAUUUUGGUGACAUAGUAGUCUUUGAUGACCCUAUUACAUUAGACAACAAUCUACAUUCAACUCCCGUCGGUCGUGCACAGGGGAUUUAUAUAUAUGACAAGAAAGAAAUUUUCACUGCUUGGAUGGGUUUUUCUUUUGUGUUCAACUCUACUCAGCAUAAAGGAAGCAUAACCUUUGCUGGUGCUGAUCCAUUGAUGAACAAGACUAGGGAUGUUUCAGUUAUUGGUGGGACUGGUGAUUUCUUCAUGGCCAGAGGAAUAGCUACAUUGAUGACUGAUGCAUUUGAAGGCGAAGUCUAUUUCAGGCUUCGUGUUGACAUUAAAUUGUAUGAGUGUUGGUAAUUGAGAUUUUCUUUUUCGUUUUCUUUUUAUUUUUUUUUUAUUUUUUUGGCUCAAGUGAAUGAGAAAAAGAUUUGUUUGUUUGAA